GGAAGACACACCUUUAAUCUGGGCCACACCAUCUGUUGGAAGCCUAUUUACAGACAUCGAGGAACAGAGCUUUCAAGCUUCACCUGCUUGCUCUUGCCCUGCUAGCAAGUCCAUUCCUUCACUGGCCUUAGAGCCUCUUCCUUUGGGAUAUCAGCAUGUAAUGGUGAGCAGCUGAGACACCCAACCUGACGAAGAGAAGACAUAGGCAUUUACAGAAGGGAAAGAAACCUUCAGGCCACAGUCAGGGCUCCAUAACCAUAUCUACAAGAGGCCCUAGGAACAUGGACGUCUCAGUAGAUCCUGCCCUGUCAUCUCCUGAUCAACCAGACCUGCCCCAGGAGGAAGCUCAGGUGGUGCCAGAGCUGGCUGUUAGGGAGGAGCACAGGCUUAGUUGGAAGAGGCCCCAUGGUGUGGGAGCUGGUCUCGAGAACACCGGUAAUAGCUGCUACCUGAAUGCAGCCCUGCAGUGUCUGACACACACACCACCUCUUGCCAGCUACAUGUUGUCCCGGGAGCACUCUCAGAACUGUUGUCACCGAGGAGCCUGCAUGAUGUGUGCUAUGGAAGCUCAUGUGACCCAAAGUUUCCUCUACUCUGGGGAUGUCAUCCAGCCCUCAGAGAUGCUGACUGCUGCCUUCCACAAGCACAGGGAGGAAGACGCCCACGAGUUUCUGAUGUUCACCUUGAAUGCCAUGCACACAUCCUGUCUGCCAGGGAGCAAGCUCAUGGGAUGCACAUCUAAGCAGAGCUCCAUAAUCCAUGAGAUAUUUGGAGGCUCCUGGGAAUCUAAGAUCAAGUGUCUCUGUUGCCAGGCGACCACAGACACCUUAGAGCCCUUCCUUGACAUCACUCUGGAUAUCCAAACUGCUCAGAGUGUGAACCAAGCCUUGGAAAAUUUAGUAAAGGAGGAAAAGCUCUGUGGGGAAAAUGCCUACCAUUGUGACAUUUGUUGGAAGAACACACCGGCUUCCAAGACCCUGAUUGUGAAAGAUGCCCCACAGGUUCUCUUGCUGGUGUUGAAUCGCUUCGAAGAGUUCACAGGUGAUAAAAAGGACAGGGAAGUGAGUUACUCUGAGUUCCUUGACUUCCAGCCAUACGUAUCUCAGUCCCCUAGAGACCCAUUGCUUUAUGUCCUGUAUGCUGUGCUGGUCCAUGAUGGUAUGACUUGUCACAGCGGUCAUUACUUCUGUUAUGUCAGAGCUGGCAAUGGUCACUGGUAUAAGAUGAAUGAUUCUAGUGUCACCAGGUGUGAUAUGAAAUCUGUCCUAAGUGAGCCUGCCUACGUGCUCUUCUAUGUCCAGCAGACUGAGCUCAAAAAGAAUUUAUGGAUGCUCCCACAGGCAGAACACCAGGCAGGGGAAUCCAGGCACACAACGAUCAACAGAGGAUCCCCCACAGAAGCUGAAGAGGCCCCAGAUCACAUAGAGAAUACAACAGUCCAAGACUUCUUAGGCCACUGGAAAGCGCCAAAGCCAUUGGUGAACCUUGGAAAACAUGGAUCUUUAGCAGCGAAUGAAGUUGUGAUUCUCCAGUCCACACAUGGAGACGGACUGGAGGAAGAACCAUCUUGACAGGGAGAAUAGUCCCAUCAGGCUUCUGCCAGGCUUCUGUCUUUCUCACCAGGAGACCAUGGACACUGGGCAGCUCUGUAGUAAGGGAGAGAGACCAAGAUCCAAGAAGUAGACAAACUAAGGUGGGGGUUCUCAUUCCAUUCACUGACCCUGGGAAUGUGGACAGUCUGUGACCUUGAGGGUGCCCUUGGAGAAAGAGAUUUGGACCUGUACUCCAGGCAGGACAAAUGCCUCACCCUAAUGGUGCUCUCCACCUUUCCUGUGUCCUCCAAUGUCCUUCCUGGGACCCUCAGAAGGUCAGUGUGGAUGUGAAAGAGACUCUCCAGGGUUCAAGGACUAGUUAAACCUGAGUAAUCUUUUGUACUGGGGAGAGGGAUGUCUGCAGUGCCCUCUGUUGGAGCUCAUGGUUAGACAUGAGCAUCCACAAGCUUUGGAUUCAGGGUUUCCACUCAGUCAAGGAGGCGCUGGCCAACCCCACUUUUAUAGCUUUUUCUUUAAACUUUCUUGUGGGUUUACUGUGUGGGACGUAUUGAGGGGAUAGUUUUAUUCAUUGUGCUUGAACUGCUGUUCUUUUGACCAAAUAAAAUUUGCUACUUGA